GCACCGCCUCAAUCUGUUGAAAUCAGCAACUACCCAAAUCACAACAAAAUCGAGCUAAAAGUAGGGGAGUCCACGAGUUUGGAGUGCACAGUUAGCUACGCAAAGCCAGCUGCUACAAUUGUGUGGUAUCGCGGGAAUCACGCAAUCACAGGAGGUGAAACGAGCAUCAAGCCAAUCUCCAUCGAAGACGGAGACGAUAAAGAUGCACCGAAACCCGGUGAACCGAAGAAGAAACUUCAAAAAUAUGAUACGCACAGUUCAAUAACUAUUGUACCAACUGUCGAAGAUGAUGGUACGGAUUAUGCUUGUGAAGCUAGGCAUCCGGCUAUUCCUCUUGACAGGCCGAUGAGAGCGGUCGUUAAGCUCUCUGUUUUAUAUCCACCUGGGCCACCGUACAUUGAAGGAUAUACUGAGGGUGAAACAGUUCAACGAGGGCAAAGAGUUGAUCUAGUGUGUAAAUCACGCGGCGGUAAUCCGCCAGCUCAGGUGGUCUGGUUCAGAAAUGACGAAGUAAAGAGCAACUUUUACCGUACGGACGACAGAAUAUCCCAGAAUUUACUGACAUUCGAGGCGAAAUCUGAGGAUGACAAAGCACGAUAUCGCUGUGAAGUAUCUAAUGUCAUGAUCCAUCCAGCUUCAGUGAUAAUAACCGGACCGACAGAAGCUAAAGCCGAGGAAACUGUUACAAUUAUUUGCACAACGGAAAAUUCAAAUCCCCCUGCGGAAAUAAAAUGGACUGUCGCUGGUAGUGAGUUUCAUACAAAUAACUCACGGACUUAUUUGGCACCCCAGGGUGGUUAUAUUACUACGUCAAAUAUAACAUUUAAUAUUAAUCCUGAUGCUAAAAGUGUUGUCGUUAUUUGCCAAGCGACUAAUAAAAAACUUGCUGAUUACACUACGAAGGCACACACUAUUAAUGUUAUAUAUCCACCAGCAAGUUUAAUUAUUUCUGGUUACGAAGAUAAUACAACGAUUGAUGCGGGCGUUAUAUUAAAGUUACUGUGUAUUGCAACCGCUGGUAACCCUCUUGCCAAUGUUACUUGGUAUAAAAAUGAUAAAGAGAUAAAAGGAACUGUUUUUACGAGGGAUCACGCAGUAACGAAUGAAUUAGAAAUGCUAGUAAACGCAUCGGAUAAUAACGCGCACAUAAGAUGUGAUGCCAUUAAUUCAGCGACGACCAUUCCAAUGAUCCCAACGGCACAAGUGAAAAUAACUCGUGAACCCGAGGAAUUUCGUGCGGGUAGAGUAGGCAAAUUGAUAUGUGAAUCAAGCGCGAGUAAUCCACCCGCAGAGAUGUCAUGGUGGAAAGGAGGGCUAGCCGUCGAGGGGACUAAAAAUACGACACGCGUGGGACUUCACGGUGGAUUUGUAUCAACCGUUGAGUUUCAGCUUCAAUUGACUGAGGAUAUGAACGAAGAAGUUUACACUUGCGAAGCCCGUAAUGCAGUGAUGCAACGAUCAACUCAUGACGCUACUGCGUUAAAUCCAAUAUUUUCAUCGAUGGAUCCAAGUGAGUUAGUCGGAAUGGAAGGCGAACCUUACAUAAUAUCCGUAACAGCCAGAGGCAAUCCAAGCACUAUUAACUUCACAUGGACACGUGAUGGCUUGCCAUUGAGUCGCGAUAACUCGCGAAUUAAAGCGCGCGAUUCAACAUUGAACAUAACUCGUUUGCAUCGGAAUGACGCGGAUGCGGCUGAAAUCAAACGGACAUCCGAAUCCGGAGCAGUGUAUUCGCCAGAUACCGAGGCUAAAUUAUUUUGCGAAUUGGAUGGCAGUCCCAUUGGUGAUGAAUAUGUAACGUGGUAUAAAGUUGGCUCGAAUUCGGGACUAUCUAAUCGUUAUUCGACCUCCUUUGCAAACAAAACAUCCUUCCUGCAUAUCAGCAAUCCAAGUGUAGAAGACGUUGGAGAAUAUCGUUGCAAUGUUAACAAUGGAAUUGGAAAUCCACAAAUUACUAACAACCAUUUAAUGAGAAAAGCUGCCGCUAAUGUCGGGUCGGAGGUUAAAUUACAUUGCCGUGCACGUGGAUCACCUUUACCUAAAUUUAUAUGGACAUUUGGCGAUAAAACGUUAUCACCUAAUGUUACUACAGAUAAAUAUAAAAUUGUUAGAAAAGAGCUAUCAAAACUGGAAGCUCAGUCAACAUUAUCAAUACUCCGAGUUACACAACGUGAUUAUGGAAAAUACAAUUGUCGAGCAUUGAAUUCAAUGGGUCAAAUAACAGACUUUGUACAAUUGGAUGUAACUUCGCCGCCUGACAAGCCGACAGACCUCCAAGUGUCUAACGUAACUCAUGAUAGUGUCACGUUGAAUUGGAAAAAAGGAUUUGACGGUGGUCUACCAACUUCCUAUCGCAUUCGGUGGCGACAAGCGCUCGAUUAUCAAGACAAUUAUGAUUACCGUGACAUAUCGGCGGGACAAACGACUGCAACUAUCGACGGACUAACUUUGGGAACUUACUACGUCUUUAGUAUAAUGGCGAGGAAUAGUAAAGGCGAGAGUUCAUAUUUGCCUGAUCUCGUUAAAGUUCAAACUCUCCGUAAGUGCAUGAGUAACAUCCGGGUGACGGGGUUAAUGGCUUGGGUUACAGGGGAAGCGCCACCGACAGAGUUGACCGCCAGUGAGAUUAACUCUUCCUACACCAUCGUCAUAAUCAUCGUUGCAUCCGCCUGUGCUUGUCUACUCAUUGCUACACCCAUACUAUAUGCCACACUUAAAUCCAAAAAGAAGAUACAUCGCUCUGACAUCAACAAGUCUCAAACAGCGGACAUGUAUGCACCUUCAACCGUGAAUGGCGACACAAUGACAGGGGAAUUAAGUUCAGUCUCGGACGAGAAGAGCGACGUUAAUUUCGACGCUAAUGAUUACGUGGAUGAGGGGAGAAAAACAGCGGCUAGUACCUAUUUAAUAGAUCAAAGUAUACAAGAUUUCAAUAAGGGUGGUCUGGAAAUGCAAGUACACCAUCAAGGUACCCUCGGUAGACGUAUCAAUCAUGUGCCAAGUGUGAUGCCAUUAGACUCGCCACCGCAACGUACCACUGCCAGUGGGACUCUCUCUGUUUCGAAAUCGAGUUACAUCGGGAAUCCCAGUCCAGCCCCGCCCAGCGACGUAAAUUUCUACAGUGUGGAGAUGGACAGUGGCCGCUAUAUGGGGUAUGAAACGAACCCUAGCCCGGUGCCGGUGUUGAACGAACCCGGACCAGGCGCUUAUUAUCCGUCCCUUGGCAGCGGGCAUCACCACGUUGGUGUGUUACACACGGGAGCGAAUACCGGGACACUGACGAGGAAUCGUACACUACCGCGUCCUGUACCCCCACCCGACGUCACUGUAAUGACUGCAGGAACGAAAUCACCCCAGCCCCCAUCUGUGCCGCCCCCGCCAAUCACUUUUGCACGUGCGGGUCCAAUCCCCGUACACUCCCACGGCCAUCCAUUGUCAACUUUCACCUCAACACCUAAUUACUCUGACAUUGAUGGACAUCUUAGACAAAACAGUGCAACU